ACUCCUUGCGGCCACCCCUGUGGCCGGACCAGGAGAUGGUGUCCAUCCCAAGACCGGCGCCUCGGGCUAGUGAAAGGACAGAUGCUGGGCCUCCGGCCUGUGCCAGUCAUGGGCAGGAUGGGCCGCUGGAGGAUGAGGGCUUGUCUUGGAAAAGGACAAUGAUCUUCCCCUGCCUAAGACCCACGGCACCCUCCUCCUUUCUUCACCCUGGCUAUAUUCCUAGUUCUCUUCUAGGGUCUUUCUGGAGUUCCCAGGGACAGGGACCAAGUAAGAAUCAAAAAGUCCUCCCUACACCCAGCAGAGUAAUAACCUCCGCCUUAUAACCUGUUCACAAGUCCAUCCAACCAUCACCUGGCUUUCUAACCCUUUCUCUUUAUCCAAGGGACCACCCUCUCCCUCUCCAGUUCAUCCCCCAACCUCCUUUGUCUGGCUUCUCUAGUCCUUCCUCCCCAUCUCCUCCACCCCCAUUCUUCCCACUAUUCCCAGCACCGGGCUUCCUAAUCUUAGGAGGCAUCUCUUCUUAUUGAACUAGAGAAUUCCGGGAUCUGGGCCACACUCCUUAGUGGACAGCCCAUCCUCAGAGAAGGCGCAGGAGAAAGGCCGAGGAAGAACAAGGGAGAGAGCAUAAGGUCAGGCCAGGAGACCCCUGAGGACAGGGACUGUGGGGAGACAGGGACUGAGGAGAAAGCACAGGAGCUAGCGCCAGGGCCAAAGGAAGAAAGAGAGGAGCCAGCAGAGUUAUUGUGGGGGAGGCUCAGCAGCUGUCUUCCCCGACACAGGGACAGAUGGGGCUGGUUAUUUCUCUUGUCAUGUGUACAGUGGUAGGAAUGGAAGAGGGCCAUUGGGCAAUCAAGGGCAGGCCUGUACACAGCACUGUGUUUAGAUAGCUAGGUCCCUGUUCCCCCAGUAGAAAGAAAGGCACCUGAGUCCAGUCAAUCUGUCUGUUUUUCUUUCUUUUUUAGACAGAUUCUCAGUAUGUAGCAGUGGCUGGCUUGGAACUCACUAGAUAAAACAGGCUAACCUCAAACUCAUAGAGAUCCACCUGCCUCUGCCUCCCAAGUGCUUUGGGCCCAGUCUUAACAAACACGUACCCCUUCCCUGCCCAGCUCCUUCAAACUGCCCAUAGCUUCUUUCCUAUAACAUGAUCAUUCUCUAACACAGGCAACACCUAAAUUGCCAGUUGAGAAAUACCAAGAAAGCUAAGGUGCUGUUGGAUUUCGGCAGCAGGUAUAGCAUUCAGGGAAAAGAAAUUUGGAGAGCUAGGAACUGAGACUCCAUCAAUCUAAAGCAAGACCUCUCUUUCCCAUGGACAAAUGUAUUCUGCCAGAUUGCUCCUGGACUAAACCCUCUCCUCUCUCCCUCAUCCAGAUCCCAAGGUCCCAGGUUCCCUAGGACAUGAGACAGCUCCCCCUAUGUAAAUCCUCACUGGAGUCUGUGUGGGUGGAGGAGCUGGGCUCAAUUCAUGGACCAUGGUCCAGGCAGGGGCUCCAGGUCCAGUAGGUAGGAAAAGAACUCGUCAUUUCCGGGGCCUUCACCACGGUUUGGUGGCUCACAGCUUUCUGAUUGGGUGGAAGUUGCCUGGGCAGGCUUGUGACCCUGCUGCAGAGGAGGGGCUGUGCCCCAGCGAGUGUCUUCCUACCUACCUGCUCCCCAGAGUGCUGCCUGCUGUGCACCUUGGUCCUGGAGCCCUUUUCCACCUGGAUAGCUUCCUUGGCCCACCUGUGCCCCCACACCACUCUGCACAAAAGUGUAAGAGCUCAAGCCGCCUCCAUGGCCCCAGGAAAGAUUCAGGGGAGAGGCCCCAUCCAGGGAGCCAUACCUGCCAGACACCCUAGCCAGAAUGGAGCUGACUGAUUUGCUCCUGGUGGCCAUGCUUCUCCUUACUGCAAGAAUAACUCUGUCCAGCCCAGCUCCUCCUGCCUGUGACCCCCGACUCCUAAAUAAACUGCUUCGUGACUCCCAUCUCCUUCACAGCCGACUGAGCCAGUGCCCUGACAUCAACCCUCUGUCUACACCUGUCCUGCUGCCUGCUGUGGACUUCAGCCUGGGAGAAUGGAAAGCCCAGACGGCACAGACCAAGGCUCAGGACAUUCUAGGAGCAGCUACCCUUCUCCUGGAGGGGGUGAUGGCAGCGCGAGGACAGCUGGAACCCUCCUGCCUCUCCUCCCUCCUGGGACAGCUUUCCGGGCAGGUUCGCCUCCUCUUGGGGGCCCUGCAGGGCCUCCUAGGGGCCCAGCUUCCCCCACAGGGCAGGACCACAGCUCACAAGGAUCCCAAGGCCAUCUUCCUGAGCUUGCACCAACUGCUGAGAGGAAAAGUGCGCUUCCUGCUGCUAGUAGAAGGUCCCACCCUCUGCGUCAGGCGGGCCCUGCCCAACACGGCUGUCCCGAGCAGGACCUCCCAACUCCUCACACUACACAAGCUCCCAAACAGGACUUCUGGAUGGCUGGAGUCGAACUUCAGUGUGGUCACCGGAACUCCUGGCCCUGGGCUUCUGAACAGGGUUCAAGGACUUGUGACCAAGGUUAUCCCUGGUCAGCUGAAUCAAACCUCCUGGUUCCCAGACCAAAUCCCCGGACACCUGAACAAGACACACGAACCUGGGAAUGGAACUCAUGGGCUCUUCGGUGCAGCCUCACUUCAGACCCUGGACACCUCAGUUCCGCCAGGAGCUUUGAACAAAGGCUCCCUGCCACCCAACCUCCAAAGUGGAUAUCCCCUUUCUCCUGCCCAUGCUCCUGAUGGACACACGUUCUUCUCUCCUUCACCCACCUCGCCCACCCAUAGGUCUCCAUCCCAGUUCCACCCCGCUUCCUGAUCCCUCCACCACUGUGCCUGCCUCUGCCAGCCCGCGUCCAGUUGCAGCGUCCCCCCACUCCCAGAAUUUGCCUCAGGAAGUGUAAGGGACACAGGCGCAGCCAGUAUCUGCAGUGUCUCAGACACAAGCCUUCCCCAGGAGAGGCAGCUGCAGCGGCACUAGACGUCCUGCUUGCCCUGGGAAAGGCUUCAUGGGACAGGCGAUCAUAAAAUUUCAGGAACUAUUUUUUUAACCUAUCAACAAUAUUCAGAGCAGCUAGUUAUCUUUGGUCUAUUUUCUGUAUAAAUUUGAA